UAUGUUUCAGCGAUAGAUAAUGCGCUAGUGUUUGAAACGCCUGAAGGUGGGACGGAAAGUCAACUAAUGGUUCGUCCCACGUAUCCACCACAUUAUCAUGAAAGUGAAUACCUUAAUCUCAAGGGUGAGACAGAACCUCUUGUCGUCGUUCAUGAUACUUGGAAAGUUGGAGAUUUAGUUGAUUGGUAUAGAGAUAAAUGUUACUGGUCUGGCGAAAUUGUGGGUAUCCAGGGUAAGCAAUUAUGUCAGAUUGAGUUGCUUCCUAAACCAGAGGGUGAAGGAAAGAUUUAUCGAGGCAAGAGUUUGCGUCCACGGUUGGAUUGGUCUGUUGAAGAUGGUUGGAAAGUGCCUAGUACUGUGGAUGGGGUAAAGUGUGCUAAGUUUGUGAAACCUAAGAAUCAAGAUGAAGAAAUGGAAGAUGUUCCCGAAACCGGAGAAGAGCAAACAAAGGAAGACACACAGCAAGUGCAAGGCGUUGAAGGUCUUAGACUAAACAUCAUGGAAUCAGAUUCCAUUGAAGCUGCUGUUUUGAACAUAGAAGAGCUUAUUGCUCGACUUGGGUGGCUAAAAGCCAAACUGGAUCCUGAUCUUCGAGAAGGUGCAAAAUCUUAUUGGAAGUAUGAAGAUCACCGCCCAUCUUCCUCGGGAAAGUGAAUUCACAAUCGUCGAAGAAACUGAAGUUGUUUAUGAAGAAUGGAGUAAAAUGGGAGAAGAGACGUACGUGAGUAAGAGAAAGCCAAGUAUAUGAGUAGGUUGUUUCUAUCUUUUCCAAAAACCUAGAAUGUUUAAAAACUAGUUUCAAGUUUUGUACAUAUGUUUUAGAUUUUGUUGGAAUCGAAUGUGUGCUUGGUAGACAUUUGUAGC